CUCUCUCUCUCUCUGUAUCUCCUGCCUGCCGCUCCGUAUCGGUACGAUUCGGUGCCAAGACUUUCUGGUUGGACGCAGCGUACUGGCUGUGAGCGCACUGCGUUUUUUUAAUUUUUAGACGUGGUCUGUCAAAGUUUCGGUUUACAAACGCGGAAUAUAUCUUGAAGGUAAAAAAUAAUGACCUGAGAGCCGUAGUAUAACCGGCAGCUGUGGUGAAGGUGAAGGAGAGUGGGCUGUGGAGCGCCAGCGCUGUGCGUAAUUGUCUGGUAGCAGGUGGAUGGAGAGGCUGCUGUGAGGGAUCAUGAAGCUCUCCAGCAGGUUCAGCGCCGUUUCAGAGCGGCUGGACUCCGUAUAUUCUCUGCUGAAGGACACUUUGCCACGAUGGACUUGAUAUGAAGAGGACAUUUUCAAAUUUUCAAUUUAAAAAUCUAUCUUGCUCUUUUUCUGUUUCUCUACAGCUGGGAUGUGAUACCUGCAGUUCCUCAUUGAUGAAAAUCCCUAGUCAUCCUGGAGCCCCAAAUCCCUAGACCCCAAAAAUUCCCAGUACCCCAGGAAGUUGAAGUCCCUUUACCCUUAUUUCAACAGUCCUGCAUGGUAAAAUUAAUGCUUUUAAGCCUUCUCCAAACUGCUUUAUGAUUACAUCUUUACCCCUUACCCCUUGCCAUCAUUAGACACUUGGAACCCUUUGAUACCCUAAACCCCUCUCAGCCACCAUGGCCUUGGAUCAGUGGCCCUUUCUACCGACUCCCCCCAACAUCUCCAUGCCCGAGCCUCUCCUGUACGACAGCUACAUCCAGGGCAAUGAGUCCGACCUGGACCUGAACAUCUCCAAGGCCAGGGAGCCCCACCAGGACAAGACCAGCUCCGUGGUCAUCACCUUGAUCUACUUCAUGGUGUGCGCCGUGGGGCUGUGCGGCAACGCCUUGGUCAUAUACGUCAUCCUGCGCUACGCCAAAAUGAAGACGGUGACUAACAUCUACAUCCUGAACCUGGCUGUGGCGGACGUUCUGUGCAUGAUGAGCCUGCCGUUCAUCGCCCUGCAGCUGACUCUGGUGCACUGGCCCUUCGGAGAGGUGCUGUGCAGGGUGAUCAUGACUGUCGACUCUCUCAAUCAGUUCACCAGCAUCUUCUGUCUGAUGGUGAUGAGCAUCGAUCGCUACUUGGCUGUGGUCCACCCUAUUAAGUCCACGAAAUGGCGGAAGCCUCGCGUGGCCAAGUUCAUUAACCUGACAGUGUGGGGUGUGUCCCUGUUAGUCAUCCUACCUACUAUGAUCUUCAGUGGCCUUGACAAGGUGCCAGUAUGUGGGAUCGUGUGGCCAGAGCCCCAGGAUGUCUACUACACGGCCUUCAUAAUCUACACAUUCUUCAUAGGAUUCUUCCUGCCGCUGGCAGUCAUAUGUCUUUGCUACCUGCUCAUUAUAGUCAAGGUGAAGUCGUCUGGCAUGCGGGUGGGUUCCACCAAGCGCAAGCGUUCUGAGCGCAAGGUGACACGGAUGGUGUCCAUCGUGGUUGCUGUGUUCGUCCUCUGCUGGCUGCCUUUCUACAUCUUCAACGUCACCUCCGUCACCAGCUCCAUCAACCCCACCUCCGCCGUGAAGAGCACCUUCGACUUCGUGGUGGUGCUCGGCUACGCCAACAGUUGCGCCAACCCCAUCCUGUACGCCUUCCUGUCGGACAACUUCAAGAAGAGCUUUCAGAACGUCCUGUGCCUGAAGAAGGUGGCGGGCCUGGACGACAUAGAGCGCAGCGACAGCAGGGCAGACAGGAGCAGGAUGGUUCACGACGCCGUGACCAACUUGGAGACUCACAAUGCUGCCUUGCUCAAUGGCGAGCUGCAGACCAGCAUCUGAGGAGUGGCAGUCGCAUCCAGGGAGGCCAGAGAAAUUGAGCAGUGGUGCUUCCAGACUGAUGAGCUGCCAGUACACUGCUAGUGACCCCUUGUUCAAAGAUGCAGGAGGCUGAUGUAAUAGUUGCAGCUCGUGGACAUCAACACAUGAGCAAAGUCUAAGUGAAAAAUAAACAAUUUCGUAAGGGGUUUUCAGGGGUCAGGGAAAGUACAUGCUCAAAACUCUUGAUAUUUGGGUUAAUGAAACAAAUUGAGCUGGUUCGCCCUGAGGCGGAGCGAAAACGCAUCUUGACUGAAGUGAUUUUCAGCGCUGCGUUUAAGUGAUGUUGAAAUCAAACACAAAUAAGAGUGCUGAUCAUGCUUGCCAGCUCGAGGUUUCGAUCGAGUUGUCAGAAGUCAUGCAGACGGAACCAAAAUCGAAACAAGACGCAGGAUCGAAGAAGAGACUGCUGUGGACCCACUGGAGAAUCACUGAGACUAGUUCACCCAUGGUAGAGAGAGAGAUCCGAGGGGAUGUCCUUGAUGGAGUGUUCUGACAGAGAGAGCUAUGAAGGGUCGGCAUUGAUUUCUCCGAAUGUGGAAAUACUGCUGAAGAAGUCAGCCGAACAUUGCAGCGGAAAACAGCCAGCGCUGUAAUUCAAUAGAGACUUUGAAAGAUACAAAAUCAGAAGCCAAAAGGUGAAAAGCUUCAUGUUUUAUUCAUACCAGCUGAUUAGCCUGGUCUUACAUGAUCAACCAGGCAACAAAAUGGCAAAGCCCUCUCAACAUGAUGAACAAAGGAUGCUCUUUUUCUCUCUCUUGCUGGCAUCUCCGCAGGAGGAGCUGCAUUGAUCCGUAAACUCUCGAAUUGAACAUCCUGGAUUAUUGAUUAAGUGGAAGGAUGGGAAAACAUCUCGCCGGCCGCUCUGACCUUGCUCCCUUUAAAACAGUUUGUAUAUAGCCUACAAAAUGGUUUUCUGUCAACCUCCGGGGGAAAGGUCCUAAUCAAAAUGAAUUUCAAAGGCAUGUAAAAUAAUCCUGUAUUCUUGUAAAGCAUCAAGGACAGUUCUGAAACAAUGUUUGUGAAACCCAUCUUAUGUACUUUAUACUAUCACUGUAUCCUGGUCUUAACAAUAGUUGCUCCCUGUGCCAGCGGUGCCAUUGUAAGGAGCCCAUUUGUACUUGUAAAGUGCUGUGUUGUGACAAUGUAAGAUUUCUUCUCGAGUUCAUGUUGAAAUGUGGUCACUGCCCUCGGCUUCACAUUUGAAUCUGACAGCUUGCAAAAAGGUCUAAAUUUCACAGAAGGCAGAAAAUUAAGUUAUAUAGUCAAAGAGGGAGAGAGAGGUAGGGGGAUAAGGAGAUACAGAGGAUAGAAAGAACUAAAGGUUGUAUUCUAUCUACUGAGAACGCAAUGAAGACAAAGUUUGAGAGAUUGUAGUGGGCUGAAUGGAUACAGCUGACAGGAAGAAACCAAGGUGUGUGUGUGUGUGAGUGAUAAAGAGAGAAAAGAAACAGAACUUGAAACACCUGUAUAAUAAAUUGUUGUUACAAGCCU